AUGUACGCAAGUAUAGCUACCAGACCUGAUAUCACCCAUGCCGUUACCGCUCUCUCCCAGUACUCCUCAUGUCCAACCGAGGACCACCUACGAGCAGCCAAGCGAACUCUCCGAUACCUCAACGGAACCAAAGACUGGAACCUGUUCUACCCGAAGGGGAAUACUAGAACACUCGACGGAUUCUCAGACAGUUCCUACGCUUCAGACCUAGAUGACAGAAAAUCGUUCUCAGGAUACGUGUUCAGACUAGGGAAGUCAGCCAUCAGCUGGAGAAGCCGGAAGCAGAAAUCAGUCGCAGUCUCAACAACAGAAGCCGAAUACAUGGCCCUGUCUCUCGCAGCUCGACAACUGGUAUGGAUUCGUAAUGCCUUGCACGAACUUCAACAACAAUACCAGUACUUCAUACACGCCGACAACACAGGUUCUAUUGAACUCUGUCGGAACCCACGCAUCCACGACCAGUCCAAGCACAUCGACGUUCACUACCACUAUACACGUGAACAACUCGAAGCCGGAACCUUCGAAAUCCUCUACGUCCCUACCGAAGACAAUGUCGCGGACAUAAUGACCAAAGGACUACCAAAACCAGCUCACCAAAAAUUGUCAGAAUUGAUACGAUGUGGCAAGUGA